UCCUACAUGCAAUGUCCAAUAUUCAUGAAAAUGUAUAUUGAUGUCAGUUGCCCUCUGGUUGCAACCCACACUGAGUGAAAAAAUGUAAAUUCUGGAUAUAUUCAAUUGUUUAACAUUUUUCAUUUCAAAAUUUGGACACUUCUAUAAUAUGCAUCUUGGCACACAGCAUUACCUGCUCCUCUCUGACCUAGCUCAAGUGUAACAUUGCAUCAGAAAGGCUGAUGUGCUGCAGCAGUAAGGUCUAGUACACCUGCUGAAGGACACAUAUAAGUACUGCUUAAACAAAGCAGUCUGCCAUGUCUUGUUUGAAAUGUACUUGCUGCUCUUCUCUCCAUCCAAUGGAAUGAGCAAUCCAUCUGUGUUUACAAAACACUUCACACCAAAUACUUACUAUAUGGCUUCAGAUAAAGGAAAAUUCCUCACAGUAAUACAACUACAUAUCUGUAGGAUGUUCUUCUAAUGCACUCCACUCUAAAUGAGUUUUUAAAAGUGUAAGUUCACAGACAGGCCACAACGGGCUGGCCUUCAACUGGAUGUCAAACAAUCCAUUUUGCAGCUCUUAAUCUGACACGUCUUUGUUAGGAUUCUGGAUGUGAGAAGCAGACCUUGUACCUGGACAAGAGUGCAUUUCUUGUCGAAAGAGCCGAUUUAUUCAGCUUAAAAUGAAUUGCUCACAGAGGAACACUUAGAAAUGUGCCUUCAGUUCAUGCAUUGCUCUUAGGAGAGAACAUAAAAGCAUCCAGUUUGAGAUGAAUUACUGAAGUCAAGUUUAAUAAAAAUCUGUUUAUUCAGACCCUACAAUCAUUCAGCCGUGAAUCUCAUUUUAAGAAAACAAACAGCGGUGCAGUAAGGCAGCCAGAAAGGAGAGUUUCUAUCUGCUGGCUUUGCUGAAAACAACAGCAACAAGGAGAGACAGUAACAGGCAAGACUGCAGAAUAAAAAACUCUUGGAUUUAUUAUUUGUUUGACCCCAAAUGAAAUUUCAUUAUGAAACAUGCAAAACAAGAGCAUCACCCAAUCUCACAUCUUUAUUUUCCCACUGAAGUAAGACAUGAAAUAAAAUGCAUGUGGAGAGUAAAGACUCCAACAAAUAAAACAUGCAGUCGGUGGCUCAUAACUGAGCUCUCAGUCUGGAUGCUUUUACCAAAGGCUCACUAACUUCCCAGGAGUCCAUACAGCUGUAUCCUUGAUAGCUAAGUCCAUAUACAGUCCCUGCAUGAGCCAUAGUGUUCUGUAAUUAUUGCACCAUCAGCUCAGUCUUAAGGCUGCAUCAAGAGCAGUACAGUAUGUGUGCUGACGUACUGAUUUUCACCAAGUAUUUGAGAAAACAGUUGACAUUGAGGUAUAUCAGUUUUAUUAUUAAAAAGAAACACUUCUCUCUGUCAGUGAAAACAACGGCAAAACACCUCACAUCUGAAGUACAUGAGCCAUGAUAAUAUGUUCAAUAUUUAAAACCAUACAUGAUGCUAGCAGCACCACUGCUCACAAAACUGGCACUACAUUGCCACCCACUGGUAAAGAUGUGAAAAUGAAAUGGCUCCCACAAUGCUAAGGUUGAAACAAAGUUUUCAUGGAGUAAUUACACCUCCAAACAUUGAAAUUAUGAGAAAAUAUAAACAGGAAAUAACUGGUUCAUCUUAAUAACAUAACAGGUAAGCAUUACAAGACUAUAGGGAACAAUUUGAGGAUGAUGAUGAGGUAGAGUUUAUGUGAUUAUAAUUAUUGAAAACAUACAUAGAUUUCCAGAUUGCAGGCAGUUAUUUUUGAAGAGCUCCUGCUGCAGGCUAAUUUAAACAGAUGAGUCAUGUUAUUUCAUCAGCUCAACCAGCUGCCUGUUUAAUUAACUUCUCUUAGUGAGGAGCUUGUUUAUAAAAGCUGCAACUUUGUUGACAGCAUCAUUGGCAAACUCUUAGCUUGUUGUCAUGCAGCCAAAAGCUUAGAGUGAUGUUAAAGGCGUGUUAGUUUGGCAGAAAUUAGUCACUACCCACUUCCCUGCCUGCACUCAGCUGAUGUUAUGAUUUCAAUUUGUUGCACUAUGUUGGAAUUAAUUGUUUGUUUGUUUGUUUUUUAUUGCUCACUAUACCCACUACCACCUCUACCUUCACUCACACCCUCAACUGCAUCACCCACAUGUCUCCUCUCCCCUCCCCUCACUCAUUCACCCAGACUCGGACAGCCUCUCCAGCCCCACCCGCCUCAGCCUCAGCCUGUCAGAUGGCUCUGAGGACCAGCUGGACCGCCUGCAGCAGGUGGAGCUGGCCAGGACCACACCCAUGUCCCAGUGGAGGGCGGGCACUGUGCAGGCCUGGCUUGAAGUUGUCAUGGCAAUGCCCAUGUACAUCCGCGCCUGCUCGGAAAAUGUCAAGAGUGGCAAGGUUUUACUGGGGUUGACGGAUGAGGACCUGGAGCUGGGUUUAGGUGUCAGCAGUUUAAUGCAUCGCCGUAAACUCCGCCUUGCCAUCGAGGAUUACAGAGAUGCUGAGAAUGGCAGAGGGUUGUCCAAGGCUGCAGAUAUGGAUCACCAUUGGGUGGCUAAAGCCUGGCUAAGUGACGUGGGCUUGCCUCAGUACUCUCAAGCUUUUCACACACACCUGAUUGACGGCCGCAUGCUGAACUCUCUGACACGUCGCGACCUUGAACGCCACCUCAAUGUCACCAAAAAGUUCCACCAGGUCAGCUUGCUACUGGGCAUCGAACUGCUACACUUGCUCAGUUUCGACAAGGAGGCACUCCAGGCUCGCCGGGUACAAUGUGAGCACCAGAACAUAGAUCCACUGGUAUGGACCUCUCAUCGAGUCAUCAAAUGGAUCAGAGAUAUUGACCUCAAGGAGUUUGCUGAAAGCCUCUUAAACAGUGGAGUUCAUGGUGCUGUCAUGGUGCUUGACCCGACUUUUAACACUGACGCCAUGGCGACAGUGCUGGGGAUCCCCAACAACAAACACAUGGUUCGCAGACACCUUGUGGAGGAGAUGAAAACCCUGAUUUGCUCAGCCAGGACAGAUGCCAAACAGGACUAUGAACGUCUAGGCCAGGGAACACCACCAACCCUGCUUCGGCAGAACUCCCUGGGCAGGCCGCCCAGCUCAACCAGCCGGCACACUGAUGAUGAAGGCUCACUGAGAAGAAGGGCUGUCAAGCCUCCAACAGGCUUCAGCCCCAAAGCUCGCAGCGGGCGGGACUUGAGUUGCCAUAGCAGCUACGGCUCCCUGCCACGGGAAGGUCGAGACCAUACUCCGCCCAGAGCAGAGGGAAGCCCUAUCCGCGGUUACACCAGCAUCGAGGUCACCAACGUGUGAGGUCAUCAGAGUGCGAUGAACACCAGACAUCAGUGUCAUCACAGCCACAAUUUACAUCACAGACGAUUUGUCUUCUAUGUGUACCUGAACAUGAGAUCGUUAUUUUUUUUCUCAAGAUGAGCCUUUACAGGAAAGAUUGCACUUUUUAAAGGGACGGGUUUCUUUUUUUCUUUUUUCUUUUUUCUUUUUUCUUCUACAAGUUUCCUGGUUUGAGGAAAACCCUGUCAGAGUCAUUGUGUGCCAGUGGUGUUCCGAUUGUUUUGAGGGCGGCUGUUUCUAUUCCCCAACGCCAGAAUCAAGAGAUGGAGGACUGAAGCUAAAUGAUUAUUUUUCUAUUUCUUUGUGUGAAUGGUUCUUUGUGAACCAGGCAGGAUGUGACUUGGCAGUUUGUUUUUGUUGACUCGUGUUUCUCUGAAGGAAAUGAGAUUUUAAAAAUGGCUACUUUGUAGUAUAACAGGGUACUUGAUGACAAAACGAGGAAAAAAGUUUCUUAUCAGUGUAAAUUGUUCUUGCUUGAUUCAGUUCUUUAAAUUUUCUGCUGUUUGUGAUGCCUUGCCGAUGUAGCUGAGGACAAUGAACAAAACAAAAGAAGACCUGAAUUGAGUUUUAAAAUCUUGAGUAUAUGUUUGAUAGUCAUUUUUCAUCUUGCACAUUUACACUGUUGUGUCCAAACAAAUGUAGCACCCCCUUCUGAUGUUUUAUACUGUGCAGUGAAUAUGGAAAAUUAUUUGGGCAAUGCCAACAAAAGAUGACUGCAGAGCUGUACGUCCAUGGAGGCCUAUGGGCUAAAAGGUGUGAGGAUGCAAAUAUGUGAAAAGGUAAGACUGUUCCUUUGAAUGAAAUAAAAGAAAUAAAUUAAAAUAUCAUGAUUGCACUGUUGCACACAUCUUCAGCAGGAAGUCCAACAUAGACACGGGUGGAUUGUGGAUGUAACCUCUUAAACUGUGGUAUCUCUGAAGAAAAUGGUGAUGAAAAGAAGCACAACACUGAAAAGCAGCAUAUCAAAAUAAUAAUGUUUCAAGUUCCACAAGUAAAUAUUGUUUUCAUAUUAACAAUGAAUAAAAUGAUUACAUGUAAUGUGAAUGUAUUGUUUGGUUGCACAAUUACAAACCCACAGAGAAUUAUCAUUC